AGGUAAAUGGUGUUAUGGCUAUCGAACUGAACCAUGAGGAAGUGGUUGAUCUGAUUCGUUCAAAAAGCAAGGUCUGCUUAAGACUCAGACGACUACGUUAUCAAGUAGUUGAUACCCUAACCGGAUAUCGAAUUGGUUCAAUGAGAAAUUUAACUGGCAAUGAAGCUCCAAUUCUAAGAUCACAGCAACGUUAUCAUUACCAGAAACGUAGAUCAGUUCGUGAGUCAGUCACCACUGGUAGUACAGCGUCAGCUGCAGUUAAACGAAGACCACGUCUAGGAACGCAAACAUUUAAAAUGGCACGAAGUUGUUCACCACCUCCUUCAGUAUCAGGAGAUUUAUUAAAUGACUCAGUCGGUCCACAUACGGAUGAAGAUAUUGACUGGAGUAGAGAAGAUGAGACGAACUUGGAACCCAACCCCGCUUCAUCCCCCCAAGCAUCUCAUCCAAAUGCAGCCAAUUUACCUCCGACAUCUAGAAUGGUUCGUCCACGAUCCAGUAUUGGUCCGAAUGAUCGAACCAAUAAAGAAAGACCUGUUAGUUCAGGACCUGAUAUGUUUGGUCUUUUCAAACGGAGUUCAGUAAAGGAUGUCAGUCAUCCAGAACGUGUUAAGGAAGAAGAAAGUCCUCUGGAUGAAUUACCUCCGAAUCACAGUAGCAACAAUAACAACAACAAUGGUAGCAGUAGCAGUUCCAAGUCGUCAUCUCGAAUGUCUUUCUCAGGCCAAUCGAAAUUUGAUAAUACAUCAGAUAAAAAAGCUACUGGUAGCAAUCUUAAGGAGACAUUAAAUCAAUCCACGUUUUCUAGUAGCCUACCGCCUUCUGGUCAUGUAAUGGGUCGAAAUUUUGAUGAUGAAGGUGACAGUGAUCUUAGUAAUGCGAAUGAUCUUGCUCAUUUAUCAUCGGAAUUCGAUAGUGCUACAUCAGUAUUGGCUAGUCCAGCUAAAUGUGGUAUGUUUAUCGACUACUUAUUUUCUCAUAAACGGGAUCCUACAUGGGUGUUAUUCUAUCUUGUCAAUCAAUAUUUUCAACGAUCUAUGGCUGCAUCUAAAGAGUUGUACAAAGAUGAGAAACGUGUAUGCCUUGAAAUAUUUACAACAUUUCUACACGAAAAAUCUCCUUUACGUUUAGACAUACGAACUCCGAUUUCACUAAAAUCAUUUGACUUUCAUGAAUGCUCAAAGUUGUUCAACACCAUUAGUCAGACAUGCUUGAAUCAAAUACAGACGCAGGUUUCCAAAUUGGCCGAAGCCAUUAAUCUUGGUAUGGAUACUUGGUGUCUUUCAGAGCCAAUCGACUUUCUCCUAUUUCAUAAUAAAGAAGAAGAAAUAGCCUGUUUUGAAUCCCGUCUAAGUGGUUACCUUGAUUCACUGUACCAAUUAGCAAUAGGUAAUUGUACGGAAAAUUCGGUAGCUUAUAGCAUUUGUCGGCUGCCCACUACAACAUCAUCGUCCUCGUCGUCAUUAUCCGUUACAAGUGAACAAAUUGCUCAAGCUAUAACCAGUUGUCUGGUUACGGCUCACAAGUAUUAUUCCAUGCCUCGUUUAACAAGUGCAGAUUAUCCUGAAACUAGGGAUACUGGGCAUUCCAUUAGACAUAGUAUUUUUGCAAGGUCUUUUGAAAAUCUAACUUCAUCUGCAUUGGGUAAUGCAGUCGGCCUAGGUAACGUGUCUGGUAGUAUUGGGACUGGUCUUUCAUCUGCUGGUUCAAAUUUAUGGACAAAAUUAACCCCCUAUUGUGCUAAAGCGAAACAGAAAUCACAUUCUUUAUUAAAUCGUAAAACAAAAUGGUCUCACAAAGGUCAUUCCUUUUAUGAAUAUUCCUAUGAACGUAUUGCAGAAUGUGGUGUAUGUGGAUUUCUACUGUGGGGUCUUAAUUUACAAGGUUUCAAUUGUAAUAACUGUGAUCUAUUUGUUCACUUAAAGUGUAAAAAUGGUAUUCGAGACCAAUGUAGUCGAGAAGGUCGUAGAACCGGUGGAGUAUCUGUCAACGUUUUAAAUGGUAUACUCGGGAGUAUACCAAAUUUAACUGUGGAUACUAAUACUUCGGGGAACAAUAUGAACCAGACAAAUGAAGCGUAUAAUAAAUUAUCACUGCCUAUCGCUCAUAUUGGUCAAAAUGAUGUCAUCUAUCAUAGUUUCACAACUCACCGCCGAUGUGGUUCUGAUAGUCGUCCUAAGAAAAAGAAGGCUAAUACAAUGAGAGAUUUUAAUUUAUUGCCUUCGUUUCUUCAUCGGAACUAUGCCACUAGUGCAGAUCAUCUUUCACAUGAAGUGAUGCCAGCUACGGAUGAUACAGCGAAUUCAUCAGCUCAUGAUUCUUCUAAUUCAGGUCUAAUGGAGACUUCAUCAGUAGUAACCAAUAAUUGUUGUCCUGGUAAUGCAUCUGUCGGUUAUUUAUCUCCAGGAUUAUCUCAAAGAGAUUCAUUUUCAUCAACACUGAUAUCGUCUACAUCGACAUCAGUUGGCGGGAAUAGUGCUGUUCAAAGUCCUUCGGAGUCAAGUGGACAAACUAGUGGUCAAUUUGAUAAACAAAGACUGAGUGGAGAAGAAUCUGGUUUAUCAAUGAAUGAUCCACGUAAGUUUUGCAUCGAUUUUCUGCCAUGUUUCUUUUCUAUUUUGCUCAUAGUAAACAUAUGGUUCAUCAAAGGGGUUGAAGUCUAGAAUUCUCACUUCUAGUAUACUUAAUUUGUCUCCAAACUUCUUUAUCUAGGUAACCCUUUCAAAACAAUCGUCAUUAUCUGAUAUAUUGGGUUUCGUUUGCAUUUUGUUCUAUGAGUGACCUUCGCCUUCUAAACUCUUAUUAACAGACGAAGUUUACGAAGUAACAAAGAAUUCAAGUGUUGGUUUACAGGAAUUUGAUU